UCACUACUGAGCUGGUUACUUCUUUAAUGUCUGCCUUUGCCUCUAAAACAUUUGCUUCUCUUGAAAAGCUGCAACUGUGCCCUUCACGUCCACUCUUGACCCAGGAAACCAUCACAGGGCCUGAUGCCUAUUAAGAUCUUGGGGAAUGGGAGAAUGAGAGCAAUUCACUCUAGGGAAGAAAAGACAGUAGGAGCCACAAGAAAGCUCUCUGCAUGUCCCAGGCAGGACUUUACUAGUGAGAAAGGAAACAUGUCUGUUAUGUUCCUCUGGAAUGUUCAGCCAUGACAAGAGGCUAGAAUUUGCAGAGAUCUGUUUAGUUCUGUGUUACAGGAAGAAAUGAGCAACAUGGAAGUAAUGACUCCCCUGGCUCUCGAGGUAUUUAGUCCAGUCUGAUAACCAUCCAGCCAUGCAUUUUGAAGAGGUUCAAUGUUUGAAAGGGUAUUUGAAGUAAACAGGCUCUAAGGUCCUUUCUGAAGCUAAAAUCCAUUCAUUCCCACUCCUACUCUGCCCAUGACAGAGUUGCUCGCUGAAUGAUGAUCACUAUGCCACGGGCAGCAUUGGUAGGUAGCUGGGAUAAUAUAACGAGUUCUCUGACAAUUCCUGCCCUCAGGGAUCUCACAGUUUCAAAGGGUAUAGAGAAGGAAAACAAAUAACUAUACUAACAGUAUAAUGUGUCACCUAUUGUCUUUCAUAUCCACACCAGUCUGGUUUGUCUCUCACAGUGCACCAAGACUUGUGGCGAAGGAUCCAGGUACCGCAAGGUGGUGUGUGUGGAUGAGGACAAAGGCAGCGAGGUUCACGGCAUGCACUGCGACUUGAGCCAGCGGCCUGCGGAGCGUGAGAUCUGUAGUUUGCAGCCCUGCGAGUACGUCUGGAUCACAGGAGAGUGGUCAGAGUGCUCGGUGACCUGUGGAAAGGGCUACAAACAAAGGCUGGUCUCCUGUAGUGAGAUUUACACCGGGAAGGAAAAUUAUGAGUACAGCUACCAAACCACCAUCAACUGUCCGGGCACGCAGCCUCCCAGCGUCCACCCCUGCUACCUGAGGGAGUGCCCCGUCUCGGCCACCUGGAGAGUUGGCAACUGGGGGAGUUGCUCAGUCUCCUGUGGCGUUGGAGUGAUGCACAGGUCCGUGCAAUGUUUGACCAACGAGGACCAGCCCAGCCAAUUAUGCCCUGCUGAUUUGAAGCCAGAAGAAAGAAAACCCUGCCAUAAUGUCUAUAACUGUGAGUUACCCCAGAACUGCAAGGAAGUUAAAAGACUGAAAGGUGCCAGUGAAGAUGGUGAAUAUUUCCUGACCAUCAAAGGAAAGCUUCUGAAGAUAUUCUGUGCAGGCAUGCAGUCUGACCACCCCAAGGAGUACAUCACCCUGGUCCAUGGCGACUCAGAGAAUUUCUCUGAGGUUUAUGGGCACAGGUUGCACAAUCCAACAGAAUGCCCCUACAAUGGGAGCCGGCGUGAUGACUGCCAGUGUCGGAAGGACUACACGGCUGCUGGGUUUUCCAGCUUCCAGAAAAUCAGAAUAGACCUGACCACCAUGCAGAUAAUAACCACUGAUCUACAGUUUGCCAGGACAAGCGAGGGGCACCCGGUGCCCUUUGCCACAGCUGGGGACUGCUACAGUGCCGCCAAGUGCCCACAGGGUCGCUUUAGCAUCAACCUUUACGGGACCGGCCUGUCUUUAACAGAAUCUGCCAGGUGGAUAUCCCAAGGGAAUUACGCGGUCUCGGACAUUAAGAAGUCGCCGGUAGGUUGCUCAGGGCUUGGGGGAGGGGCUGUUUUAUCUCCCUCCCUCUGUGUCGGUGAUGCCGGAGGAACCAGCUAAUGCACUUUCCCACUUCCUCAGACCAUUUUUGCAGAGUGUCAGGAAGAAAAUGUAGGGAAUAAAUCGAAGGUGAAGUGUAAGGUGAAGGUGAAGUGUAAGGUGAAGGAGAGUGGGGGACAGAGUCUUGCUUCUCUUCUGGUGGAUCUUCCUGGGAACCUGGGAAUCAGCGGUUAGAGGAAGUUUAGGCAGGAAGCUGAAAGCAGCUGGAGGAAGCCUGUGAUGGGGUGUGUGGCUCGGGUGCCUUGCACUUAGCACCAGGUCCACUUUUGUCAACUUAGGGCUAGUGAUGUUUGUUUCCAUGCGAAUGGGGCUGAAAGAAGGGCAUAGCUUAUCAGGUGGCUUUUCUGGAGAGUUGGAGAGACACU